AUGGCUCAGUUCAUGGAAGUCAUGCAAAACAUGGAUGAUCGCCAAGAAGAACUCAGAAUCAGGAUGGACACAGUUGCUCAGGUUGUUGCGGACCCCCCGCAAAGAAAUCCUGCUGAUAUGCGUGUCAAUGGUGAACCUGUGAUCGGAGGACCAAGUGUAAUUCCUCCUGCUGCUAAUCAAGGUAAUCCCCGUGGGCCUCCCCAGCCUACUCUUGAAGGACAAACCACACAACAAAUCAGAAGGGCUGCUGCUAUCCCCGUGUUGGAAGAGGACCGACACGAGGAUUUGUUUCCUGAAAGUGAAUGGGGAUUUCCACAGGAUGCUGGAAGGAUGUUUAGAGGUAUGGAGGAAAGGAUGAGGGCAAUGGAAGGCCAAGGAUUGGGUAUGGAUAUAAAGGACUUGGGUUUAGUUCCUGGCGUCCGUGUGCCACCGAAAUUCAAGGUACCCGACUUCGAGAAAUACAAGGGGAACACUUGUCCCAAGACACACGUCCGAGCUUACUAUCGCAAAAUGCAUGUGUACUCCGAGGAUGAAGGAUUGUUGAUGCACUUCUUCCAAGAUAGCUUGACUGGGGCAUCCUUGGAAUGGUAUAUGAGAUUGGAGAGAGCUAAUAUCCGAAGUUGGAGGGACCUGGUUGAUGCUUUCAUAAGGCAGUAUCAGUAUAAUGUUGACAUGGCACCAAAUCGCACUCAGUUACAGAAUCUAGCCCAGAAAGCUAAUGAGUCCUUCAAAGAAUAUGCGCAAAAAUGGCGCGAGUUGGCGGCUAGGGUCCAGCCACCAAUGUUGGAAAGAGAGAUGAUGGACUUGUUCACCAACACUCUGGAGGGCCAAUACUACUCCGCCUGCUCUGCAUCCUCAAGUUUUGCCGAGUUGGUUAUGAUUGGUGAGCGAAUUGAAAGUGGAAUUAAGGCUGGUAGAAUACAGAAUCCAAGUGCUGCUAGUUCCUCUUCUGGGGCAGGAGGGAAGAAACCAUAUAACGGAUUUGCUAAGAAGAGAGAAGGUGAAACGAGUGCUGCUUACUAUGGUAAAGGUAAAAGCCAUGUUUAUCAACAGGUGGCCGCUGUGACCAUACCGAGUACUCCUCUUCAACAACAACCGCAGCAACAGCAGAGGCAUCCCCCGCGUCAGUAUCAGCAAAAGUCGAGGCCACCAAGAAUUUUUGAUCCCAUACCUAUGACAUAUGCACAAUUACUCGCUCAUCUCUUACAUGGGGACCUGGUGCAACUUCGUACCAUGGGCCCUCCACCUGCUAAGCUUCCUCCUAACUAUGAUGCUAAUGCCCACUGUGAGUUUCAUUCCGGGGCUGCUGGGCAUGAUAUUGAACAUUGCAUAGGAUUCAUGCAUAAAGUACAGGAUUUGCUUGAUUCAAAAGCUAUUGAGUUCACCCCUACUCAAGGACCUAACGUUGUACAGAACCCUAUGCCUUCCCAUGGAACUCAUGCCGCAAAUGCCAUCGAUAUUGUUGAAAACAUUUACUUGGUCAAGGAUGUUAUCGAAUUGGGAUCGUUGUUGCCAUUAUUGAAGAAGGAAUUAUUGAGGAUGAGACUAUACGCUGGUUGUGGAGAAUUCUGUACUGAUUGUAUGGUCACCUCCUCAGUUUGUGACAAGGUGAAAGGUGGGAUUCAACAGUUGAUAGAUAGUGGGUAUCUACAGUUUGAGCAUGUGCGACAUCCAAAGUCAGUCAAGAAUGAAAUCAAUGUGUUAUCCAUCCCGUAUACUCCUACUAAGAUCCCGAUUCCUGCCAGAGCGCCGCCUUUGGUCAUCACGUUGCCUGGUCCCAUCCCAUAUACUAAUGAAAAAGCAAUCCCAUGGAAUUAUGGCGGAGAAGUUUUCUACCAAGGGGCCAAGUACGAGAUUAAAGCACCGGUUGAGAAAGAAGAUGUUGAUAAUGUUGUUGGCGUUGGAAGAAUGACAAGAAGUGGUCGUAUUUUCAAUCCUCCCCAGAAUACUCGCGAUGACAAUGCAGAAGCUCUAGCUCAAGCAAAAGGGAAAAGAGUGGUAGAAGAUACGGUGGAUCCGGGGCAAAGCUCUAACUCUGAAGAUACUGUGGCCAAAGAGAUGGAAGAGUUCCUAAAGAUCAUCAAGAAAAGUGAGUAUAAAGUGGUUGACCAACUGAGUCAAACUCAAUCAAAGAUUUCGAUCUUGCAGUUGCUCUUGUGUUCGGAGACACAUCGAAACGCUUUGUUGAGACUUUUAAGUACUGCUUUCGUCCCUCCAGAGAUCUCAAUCGUUCUUGGUUUUGAUGACAAGAAAACUCCUAUACAUCACAUUCCUGGCCCAGAGGGUGUUUGUGGUCGUAACUCAGACAAUACACUUAUCAAAGAGAAACUUGGCUGGGCUCCAACAAUGAAGUUGAAGGAUGGACUGAGGAUUACUUACAUCUGGAUUAAGGAACAACUUGAGAAGGAAUCAGCUAAAGGUAUUGAUACAUCAGGAUAUGGAUCAUCAAAAGUGGUGCAAACCCAAGCUCUAGUGCAGUUAGGCUCACUUAGGGCAGCAGAUGGCAAAGAAGGUAGUUAAUUCAUGGCAGUAGCAGUCAAGUUAAUAUUUCAGGAAAAGAGUUGGCU